UGAAGCGUGUAGCAGUGUAGGGCUCGCCUGUUACUUGGUGGAUGGGUGGAGGGAUGAAAGCUGCUCUGCCCGCUGCUCCAUCGCCGACUGUCCUCUGUCCCUGUGCCCAAACAACGCUACCUCCACCGCCGCAGCCACACAAGCCAGAGAACGCUGUGAGGAGCUGCUUGCACACGCACACGCGCGCCGCUCCGGAGACACCACUGUUAUGAUAAGAAGGGAAUAGUGUGGGAUCGCGGACAGGAACGAUCCCUUACUGGACCUCUGAGUGCGUCCGCCCGCCUGCAUCUUGCCUGCUGCCGUCAGGACGGAGAGUCAACAGUUGUUCGUGGGUCCUGUAUGCAUGUGGACGCGCACAUCCCUGCCAUGUGGACACUACUGCGGUCCUGCUGUUGCUGGAUUUUACCUCUCGUGUUUGCAGCCUUCGUGCUCCGUGGGGCCUACAGUCAUCCCGCGUUGACAGGAAGCCAAGCUGAGUCAGAAAGCCCAAUCCAAGGUUUGCAAAGAACUGGUGGGAUACGACUUCGAAGAGCCACCCCUGAAGAGACUUACUGGGCAUACUCAGGAAUGUAUGGGCCAGAUGAGGGCUGGGCAUCUGCCUACCCAGAAUGUAGAGAGAGAAACCAGUCACCAAUCAAUAUUGUGGAUAGGGAUACCAAAGUAUCCAGAGAAUAUCAGGAGUUGGCACUGGAGGGUUUUGACAUAGAAUCUUCAAAUAAGACAUCUAUGAAGAACACUGGCAAAACAGUCGCCAUCAUGUUGAAAGAUCAUUACUUUGUUCGGGGAGCAGGUCUACCAGGGAGGUUUAAGGCAGAAAAAGUAGAGUUUCAUUGGGGCACAAGCAAUGGAUCCGAGGGCUCUGAACACAGUAUCAAUGGCCGACAUUAUCCUGUGGAGAUGCAGAUCUACAUGUAUAACUCAGAUGACUUUGAAAGUCUCAGUGCAGCACUCAGAGAGAAGAGAAUCAUUGCAGCCAUGGCUGUUUUUUUUCAGGUGGGAGGAAGGGACAAUCCUGCCGUUGACCCCAUAAUCCAUGGCCUAAAGGGUGUGGUCCAUCAUGAAAAGGAGACCUUUCUGGAGCCAUUUGUGCUGAAGGACCUGCUGCCAUCCUCACUGGGAAGUUACUAUCGUUACACUGGCUCAUUGACCACUCCACCCUGCAGUAAGGUGGUAGAGUGGAUCAUUUUCAGCAGCCCUGUCUACUUCUCUUACAAACAGUUGGAGGCUUUCUACUCCAUCUUCACCACAGAGCAACAAGACCAUGUUAAGUCGGUGGAGUAUCUGCGCAGCAACUUCAGGCCCAUACAGAGCUUAGAUAACCGACACGUCUUCAAGUCUGCAGUAAAAGAUGCCUGGUUGCCUGAUCUAAAUGACAGCGGCAGCAACCCGUACGGCACGGAGGCUUCCAAAGUCUGCAGUAGUGCUCCCAUAAACAUGAAGGUGCAGCAUGUCAAUGGCAGUGCUUUGGUGGUGCGUUGGGCUCAUCCGGAGGUCACCUACCACUCACCCAUCCAGCAUUUCCUGGUAUCUUACAGCUGGACGGCCCAUGAUGAUAGCUACGAGGAGACCCACCUAACGGAUGCCAAACACAAACUGGAGGCCAUCAUUUCUCCUGUCUCCCCCGAUGUACUCUACCUCUUUCGAGUCCAGGCUGUCUGCACGAAUGACAUGCGCAGUGACUUCAGCCAGAGUAUGCUUUUUAGAGCGAACACUACCAGGAUCUUUGAGGGGACGAGGAUUGUAAAAACUGGAAUGCCAACAGUGUCUUCAGCCUCCUCGGCUGAUAUGGCUCCCAUUUCCUCUGGCUCAUCAACUUGGACUUCAUCUGGUAUCCCCUUCUCGUUUGUCUCUAUGGCAACAGGCAUUGGUCCAUCCUCCAGUGGUAGUCAAGCAACUGUGGCAUCUGUGGUGACCAGCACUUUACUGGCUGGCCUGGGCUUCAGUGGUGGUGUCAUUUCCUCUUUCCCCAGCUACAUUUGGCCAAGCAGAGCACCCAACCACAAUCCCACCUCCCACCACCAGGCUACCAAAGACAUGCCUGCUGUCGUCAGUGCAGCAGUUAAGGACAAUAAUGAAGCUGGGAGUGAAGACAGAGAAAACUGCAAAGGUCAAGGAGAGGACCGAGAGACGGAAGGCAAGGAUGCGGAUGAUGAGAAGGAAGAAGAGAAAAAAGACAAGGAGAGGAAAAGAUCGGGAGGUUUAAGAAAGGCAAGGAGGAAGGAUAGCAACAUAGCAGCAAAGCAUUUUUUUGGUAAGAUGCCUUACUCUGCUGCACAGGAGAAGGAACAGACUGAAAAAGAGCCUACUAAACCACCGCCUGUUAGAAAAGACCAACUAAAAGCAAAUACUUACAAUCCACUUCACUCUUACCCAAUUCCUACCACAGAAUCAGCCAAUCAAAUGGCAACAGUCCCCACCCACAAGGACCAGUCAGUGACACUUAGGCACUGCAUAAUGAGGGAUGAAAAGCACAGGCCUUUCUCCUACCACACUGGACCAGUACCAGUUCCUAUACAGGACUAUCCUUAGGCCCAUCAGUGUCAAGGUGAAUCAUUUUGGUCUUCUGGCCAGAGAUGUUAAUAAGACAAUACUAACUAUGGGAGACAGGUCAGAGAGUAUGAGCUGUUGGUCUGAAACAGGCUGUUCAGAACAAGGAGCUCUGCUGAACAUGUCCCGUGGAUCCAAAAAACCUGUGUUGUUCCUGAGCCCAUAAAAGAAGCACCUAUCUUUGAAAAACGUCAAGGACCUAUCAUGGACAGGACUUUCCAAUGCCUUUUUCGUCAGACUCUUGGUUAAAAUCAAAAACCUGAUUACUUUUUUACACGGAUAUAAAGUUUUGAUAUUUAUUUUUUUUCACCAAUUUAUGUCUUAUUGUUCUCCUACUGAAGGGUUUACACCUGUUUUUAAGUUUCACGACAGUGUCAGUGGGCAGCGAGAAACACUUUUUGUCUUUUCUUUUUUGCAAUAUUCAGUGUCAGUGUUACUGCCUACAUAUACUAAAGCCGACUCACUUGGAAUUUCCUCAUUCAAACUGGGACUUUUUUUGGUGACAUUUCAGGGCUUGGACAUGUUAAGCCAAAUGCUUCUGUGAAGGACAUCACAAGUUUUCUGUCUCUAUAACAAGAUGUCUGACUUCUGCUCAGCGUGACCUCCUUCACCGUGCUCACACAUCAUGUUACUAUUCAUUAAUCACAAGAUUAAUGAAACAAAGCUCAUGGAAGGAUACCUACAAAUAAGUAUUUAUUUAAACUGAUUUAUUUAUUGUUUCCAUUGUUUUGUUGUUACACCAUUAUUCACAUCCAAAUUAGGAUACCUAUGUGGUGUAACCACUG